GUGAGAGGAGAUAAUGGAUGGAGUUCCAUGGAGAAGAUAGAGCCCUGCCCUCAGCUGUCUCCAUCCAUCUUCUCCCUACCCCCACUGCAGGUUGAUCCAGUGACAGACAUUGCCAUGGCUCUGAAGAGACCCUGCCCCGCAGUCCUGCUGCCCCUCGUCCUGCUGGUCGCCUGCCUGGCCCUGGCCAGUGGGCAGCCAUGGGAUUGGUUGAAUACCAGAUUCCUGAAAGAGCACGUGAACAACCCCAAGAACGAAGCUGCCAGCAACAGAGCCUACUGCAAAAUGAUGAUGUUGGACCGGGGCGUAAUCUGGAAGUACACCAACACCUUCAUCCAUGAGCCCGUCGACACUAUCAAUGCCAUCUGCAAGGAUGAUGGCAUACCCGUUGGGGGCUUCAAUCGCAAGAGCAAGAACCCCUUCAAAAUCACCACCUGCACUUUCAACCUCUUGACCUUCUCUUUCGAUGGACUCAGUGGCACAAGCAAUAUUGUCCUCACCUGCUUGAAUGGACUCCCUGUGAAAUUUGUGAGGAACAUUUAGGACCCAGACAGGGUGCGGAAGGCAAUAAGGGAACCCUGCUGCUUGCUCUAACCCUCCUCUGUCCCUUCGAAACUGGCCACGGCACCUGGCUCCUCACCCACCUCUAAACACUAGUGAGAUGGUAUACGUGUUUCCACCCCUCAACCUCUGCUGCCUCUAGUGCCCAUUAUAGAGCAUAGCCGCCCCUUCCCCACCCCCACCCCCUGCUGCCCCUAGUGACCAUUAUACAAUAUAGAGAC